ACAAACAUUGCAACUGUAGUCGACUCCCACUCGCCGGGCAGCACAGACGGGGCAUUAUGUGGACGAGUACCAGCUGGUACCACGGGCUCCUCAUCCUCCUCUGGGACUUCAUUUGUUUUGUGCGUCUGAAAUCAGGACAUGGAACUGAAAUCGAAGAGCAAACCUGUGAACGUUCUCCUCGGAUGCAUCGUCGUCGUCGUCUACUUUUGUACAGUUUGUCCGGCUGAAAGACUCUGCACGGUUCCUCCGGGCCCCGUGGCGGUCCCAGAAAACAACACGGCCGACGUCCAGGUGGUGAAAAUCCUCUCCGGGGCUGAUGUGACGCUGACCGUCACCGUCAACCCGGAAGAUCUGUUCUACCUGAAAGGGAACGCCUUGAUGGUAAAGAAAGGACUCGACUAUGAGUCGUUCCCCAGUGCAGCUCUGGUGGUGUGGGUGCAGUGCAGCAGAGACGGCUCCAAAUCCGUGAGCGAGUCUGUUGAGGUUCUGGUUGAAAACGUGAACGAUAACCCUCCAAACUUUGCACAAAGCCACUACGUACUGGACGUGAAUGAGCUUCUUCCUGUCAACUCCAGCGUGGGACUGAUAGAAGCAUCAGAUGUUGAUUCAGAGCCGCUGUACUACCGCUUAGAGCCCGCAACAGACAAAUAUUUCCGCCUAGAAAACAUCAACACCCCAAAGAUAAUUGUGAAAAGCAUCCUGGACUACGAUGUUGUUCAGAAGAUCUCUCUGGUUCUCCACGUGCAGGACACGCGGGCGGGUUCGGCCUCCGACGAGCCCUUCUUCACAUCCGUGGCCACCAUCACGGUGCACGUGAAGGACGUUGACAACAGGCCUCCGUGGUUUCAGCCUUGUUUGAGGACCAACUUGGGACUCGCCAAACUGUGUGUGAGCACCGGCUACAGAGGCAAAGUCAACCUCACCGAGAAGGAGGACGGGCCAUUGUUGCUGGAGCCCGGUCCAGUGUUUGCCAGGGACGGAGACAAGAACCGGAGCGAGCAGAUCAGCUACAGAAUCCUCCGAGGGAAUGAGGGGAAUAUAUUCCAGAUUGAUGAGGAAACGGGAAACAUCUCCAUGGCUAAGGCUGCUGAUAUUGUCGGCCCAAUAACUCUCACUGUUCUGGCGUCACAGGUGACCAACAGGGAUCAGUUCGCGGUGACCCAAGUGACCAUCAACGUGAUGAAGAAGAGCAGAAACCCUCCUCGCUUUGAGAGGGAGCGAUACGAAGGAUUUAUCUACAGCAACUCGAUCCCUGAAAGCAUGAUCCUCCGAGACCGAAGCACCAACCGGCCCUUCAGGGUCCGAGCUCAGGACGAGGACUUUGCCGCUGGUGCAAAUCCAGAUGUGAAGUAUGAGGUUCAGUACAGCAGCUAUGUCAACGUCACCUCGGACGGCUUUGUGAUCCUGAAGAGAGUCGUUAAGACGGAGUCUUUUGCACUUCAGCUCAGAGCCGUGGACACGUCAACGGGGGAGUUUGGCACAGCUGCCCUCUCUGUUCAGGUCAUACCAGCCGUGGCCAUCCCUUCCCCGUCAAACGUCGGCUAUCGUCCUGGCGACAUGGCGCUUCUGGGUCUGGUCAUGGCGGCUCUGCUGGUCCUCUGCCUCAUUGUGAUUGGUUUCUUGAUUUCCCGCUUGUGGAAGGGAAAUGCAAGCGUGGACAAACUAUGUGAGUGCCUGGGCCCCUGCCUGAAGUCGGACCAGCCGCGGUCCGGCCACAGGGACUCCCUGCAGUAUACCAACGACGGCUUCCAGAAUGAGGGGGACGCGAGCCGCGGGGGCGGCAGACGCUGGACCAACGUUCUCCCCAGACGGAGCACCUUCCCCCAGGCACAAGGCCGGGUAAUCCCCAUGGAGAGACGGAGCCGCCACUGCUCCUCCUGUGGGGUCUUCACCAACCACGUCCCCAAGGGGAGCCCCUCGGUGAGUACGUCCCGGAAGGGCAGAGGCAACGGGGACGAGUACAGCCAGAGGUCAAUCCUGGCUAGGCAGAGGAGGAAAGAGGGCCAGAAGACGGUGUGGUUCAAGGAGGUCGAGGACUCGUCUGACAUCGAGGUGGAGAUUAUCCCAGACACUGUAGGCCGGGUGGAGGAGGAGACGGAGGAGGAGCUGGAUAUGGAGGGGGUUAUAAGAGACCCGGCAGCCCCUCUGAGAGAGUCCGACGGUGGGCAGGAGAGCCAAAGCGCGGAGCCUAGUGAGGAGCAGGAUCGUGAAAACACCAGCUCAGAAAAAGAGAAGGGAGGCCAGGAGCAGGAGGGCUGACAGCAGGGCUCACAGGGGAGACUCGUCGUAGAAGGAAACUGAGCUUUGUUUUCAUGUCACUUUUUGGAGACAGCCUUCAACAGAGAGGUCCCAGCAGACCAGGAGGACUGGAUAACUGCCAAAACCUCAAGAAUACAUUCAAGGAUCCAAAAAGUGUUUACUUUCUACUGUGAGUAUCUUCAGAAGACCAGUGUCCAAGGCAAUAACUUCAUACAAUGUUUUAAAACAUAAACCUGUACAACACAUUCUCAAAAACGAGUUUGUGUAUUGUACAAACACUUAUGCACAGCAGUUCAUACAUCCAACGAAAUUAGGGCAAAGGCCGUCCCAUGACGACCUGUUGAGUUUAGUGGGGGUUGAAUUUAGUUAAGGUGACCACCAUGGAGUGAUGAGAGUUGAGUUUGAGUUGAGACACCAAAACGGCUAGUUAACAUUAGAAAAAAAGAUUGAAGUUUGGGUUAAAACGCCAGCCUCAUCAAGUCGUAUGCUACUCCCGGGACACAAACACCCGUUUCCUGGGUGACAGCCUUGUGUUAUCCCUUAACUCCGCUCCGCUGCUUGAAAGCCCCGUGCUUUAUGACCCAACCAUCCACCCUAACCUCACUCCCUAUGCGGUUCUUCACUGGCUUAUACAGCUGUAGUCAUUCUACAUACUGCUGCAUACAGAAAUAAAUACAUGGAAUACACACCUGUUACAGAGCUUUACUUUUUGUAGCUAUACCUACGACUGGUUCAUGAGAACAGCCGGACUUGUUACUAGUUUACUUUAUAAAUACAUAUACCAAGGUGAGUCUGGCUUCACACGACCUGUCUUUUCCCCCCGUAGUUUUGGUUACAAUGUUCUCAACAUUGUGUACAUUUAUUGCUAAAAAACACAGUCAAAUAGGCAUGGUCAGGUACACAAUUUUUUCAGUUUAAUGUGGGAUUAUUACUGACAUUUGGGAUGUAAACCUACAGUUUGGGGGAAUUGUGAAAAGGGUUUCCUCAUGUCUGGAAGCAAGUGUUUUGUGGCCCGGUACUGGCCCACAGCCCAGGGGUUGGGAACCUUUGGAUUUAGGUAAGCUGUGGGGAGUGUUUACAAUUUGACUGACUGCUCUGUCGUAAUGUCACCGUGUUCCCAGGGGUCUGGUGGGUACAACGUUUUUAUGACGGAUAGCAACGGCGCUCCCAAGUACUAAAGUAAGAUCCAAGUUGUAAUACAAAUGGAGAUGUUGCUAAUUGAUAAGCGGAUCACUCUCUAAUAAGGCAUCGUUUA